GUCUCGUUCACUUAUUAGCAGCUUUCCACCCCUCACAAUCGCCCUAUAUACCUACGAUACUUUGCGCCCACUUGUCAACAUUGUCCCCCACUGAUUGUAGAUCAGCACUCAACCGGACGUGCGAUCAGGCAAUUCAAUCGCUUACAAAGUUCCGCAAGACAUCGAUCGACCUGUACAACGUACCUAGGAUAUUCGCGUUUGACGCGCACGGCGCCCAUCUGGCACACCUUCACCACGUAAAACGUCACGCGACCGGCUACGUUUCUUCGCCUUCAAACGCGCUUUCUCUCUUGCGCUGUCUCUCGUAGUCAUGCCAGGUGUCUAUGGAGGCGAUGAUGUGUCGGCCAUCGUCAUCGAUGCAGGCAGCAGCACGAUGCGUUUCGGUUGGGCAGGGGACGACGCACCACGUGCAGUCGUGCCCAGCACCUACUCUUGGCUCCCCGAUCCCAACGAGGAGCGACAGGCAUCACCCAAAAGCGCAGCCGACGGAGAUGCUAUGGAUGUGGACGCAGCUGAUGCGUCGAAUGGAAACGCCACUGGUAAUGGGCACGUCAACGGUGGUGCGCCGCUGAUCAAUGGCAAGAGGAAACAAUUGCCGGACAAGUACUCGUUGGACAAGGGUCAACGCCGAAGAAGAUUUGUCGGAGAGGCUUCCAAUGCUUGGAGAGAAGGGGCAGAGGUGGACACGCCCUUCACAGACGGUACGCUCGCAUCUCCAGCCGCAUACUUGGCUAUCGCCCAACAUGCUCUGACCGGGCUGAUGGGCGCAGACGUCUCCGAGCACCCUUUGCUGCUGAGCGAGCCUGCGUGGGCGACAAAGGAGAGCAGAGAGGAGAUGAUCGAAUUGGCGUUCGAGGCGCUCGAUGCGCCGGCAUUCUACCUCGCCAACUCCACCGUCUUAAGCUCGUUCGCAGCAGGCAAGCCAACCUCGCUUGUGCUGGACGUGGGUGCGACCCACGCUUCUGCUAUACCCGUCGUCGAUGGUUUCGUGUUGCGGAAAGGCGUGCGGCGCUCUGCAGGUCUGGGAGGCGACGCAGUCUCACGUGCUCUGCUGUAUGACCUCUCUACCUCCGCACCGCAACAAACUCCGCGCGCUGGUGGCCUGGUCAACAUCGUGCCGCAAUAUCUAGUGCGCAGCAAGACGGUCGUCGGCCCUGGGAAAGCGUCUCAAGCUAUCCUGCGUGAAAGGCCGGCAUCGGAAAGCUACAGACAUCUGACCGAUUAUAGAGUGCUACAUGAAGCCAAGGAGACGCUGGCCCAGGUGCUUGAGAUGGGAUGGGAUGAUGGUCAGGCUUCUAUUAGACCCAAUCGACCAUUCGAAUUCCCCGAUGGAUACGUGGACACUUUUGGAAUUGAGCGCUUCAGAGCGCCGGAGGUGAUGUUCUCUCCUCAAAAGCUGUGGGGUGAUAAGCCCGGCGUGCUCCCAGCUCCGACAGCUGGCACUUCGAGCCUACUGUCCAUCCCACAGCUCGUGCUGGAUGCCAUCAACAGCACAGAUGUCGAUUCUAGACCUGCUCUGUUUGGAAACGUGGUCUGUGUGGGAGGAGGAAGUUGCAUACCUGGAUUCAACGAUCGCUUGUCUUAUGAGCUCAGCGUGGCUGCACCAUCUCAAAAGAUCAAAAUUCAUAGUCCGGGAAACACGGUGGAAAGGAGGUUCAGCUCUUGGCUCGGUGGCAGUAUACUUGCCAGCCUGGGUACUUUUCACCAGCUAUGGAUCAGCAAGCAGGAGUAUGAGGAGCACGGCGCGGCAAUCGUUCAUUCUCGGUGUCGCUAAAGAGCCGCCAAGUUCGGACCUUCGACGGCUCAGAACGUCACUCGACAGGCGAGCCUUUUCUAAAGAAUCAGAUGAUGUAUUGAUAUUUCGAUCUGCUCGACAGCAGCACAUCGGGACAUUGCGAUCAUUGCGAGCGUG